AGGAAGUGUAUACCCUUUCAUGCUAUUCGCAGAGCAUGUGAUGCGGCAAAAAAAUUUUUAUUUAGUUAGGGUCUCUGACGUUAGUGAAGUUGGCUGUGCUGCUUCACACUGUCACGAGCAUGUGAGCUGGUUGAAAUGACUUUGUCUUACAGAGCUUGUCAGCGUUGCGUGAGCGUGGGUUGUCUUCUUGUUAUGGCGGCAACGCUGUUUGUUUUUAUCCUCAUCACGUUAGCUUAUUUCUACAACUGUGAUGGGAAGCUGCGCUUUGCCUCUUACUAUGGAGAUCACAUGGUGCUGCAGAUGUCUCCAGAGAAAGCUCUGCUGUGGGGCUAUGGCCCCGAGGGUGCACAAGUCACCGUCUUCUUGUCAGGACCAGUACAACAGACAACCUCACCAGCCACUGUGACAAAAGGUAUCUGGCAAGUCACCCUCGACCCUGUUGAAGCUGGUGGUCCCUACAAUGUGACAGCAACUGCUCAGAACAGCACAGCCACUCUGACAGAUGUGCUGUUUGGAGAUGUCUGGCUGUGUGGAGGGCAGAGCAACAUGUACUUUAAAACAUCUCAGAUUUUCAAUGCAUCAGAGGAGCUGGCCCUCGCAGCAAAGUAUCCUCAUAUUAGGACUUUUAUGGCAGCCUUGAAUCAGAGUGAAACAGAACUGAUUGAUUUGAUUCAAGUAAGCCUUCCCUGGUCUGUGCCCACAACAAAUGUGGCAGAGUUCUCUGCAGUGUGCUGGCUCUUUGGGCGCUACAUGUAUGACAACCUGAAGUACCCCAUAGGACUGGUGGAGUCCUGCUGGGGAGGCACACCUGUCGAAGCCUGGUCAUCUUCAAGAGCACUGCGGCAGUGUGGACUAGAGAAAACGAAACGGGGUCCUGAAAUAAAUUCUGUCUUGUGGAAUGCAAUGAUCCACCCAAUGCUCAACAUGACUAUCAAAGGAGCCCUCUGGUACCAAGGUGAGAAAAAUGCAGACUACCAUCAAAACAAGUACAACUGUUCCUUCCCUGCUAUGAUUGAUGACUGGAGGAUGGCAUUUCACCAAGGUUCAGGGGGGCAGACAGCUCUCGACUUCCCUUUUGGAUUUGUACAGCUGAGCACCAACAUAAAAGGCUCCACAGAUGAAGGCUUUCCGAACAUCCGCUGGCACCAGACAGCAGACGCCGGCUUUGUCCCGAACACUCGGAUGAAGAAAACAUUCAUGGCUGUGGCUUUGGAUUUACCAGACGAAACCUCACCCUAUGGCACGAUCCAUCCCCGGGACAAGCAGGACGUAGCGUACAGACUGACAUUAGGAGCAAGGGCAGUGGCUUAUAAUGAAAAGGACGUGCCCUUCCUUGGACCUUUCCCCCACCAAAUCCUGUCCACCAGACUGUAUCUCAACAUUACCUACGACCAGACAGUCUAUGUCACACAGUCUAAAGACAUCUUUGAGAUCUGUUGCUCAAGGAACCAGGCUCCAUGCGGGCCUCAGUCUCCUUGGGUUCCAGCUGGCAUCAUGCAGUGGGAUCAGACCACUGUCCAGUUAUCUACCAGUUUGUGUCCAGCUACUGAUGAAGUAGCAGCCCUCAGAUAUGCAUGGAGAGACUGGCCCUGUGACUUUAAAGCCUGUCCAAUCUACAGCGCCAGUAGGAUUUUACCUGCACCUCCGUUUAUUAUCAACCGCCCUCCAACCACAGGAAAUGUUUGGAAAAACUACUGAACCACAAAUGCCUUUUCUUUCUUUCAGUCCAAAUUUGCUGACUGGACAGAUAUGUAGCCAGUUUAAAAAAACAAAAAGUGCAGUUCUGUAAGUGCUUAUUGAAGCUUGUGGGAGAUAGGUGUGUGUGUGUGUGUGUAUAUAUUAUGUUGGCCCCAUGCCUUAUCUUCUAUACAACCUGUGCUGUUUCAACCACUGCCAAUAAUUGUUAUGUAUGAAUGUAGAAUGACGUGUUUAUUUUUAAACAAAAAAUUUACAACCCAAAUGAGCCUUUAUGACUUAACUUAAUUUGCACAAAUAAAUGACAAAUCAACAACUAAG